AUGGAGAUAGAAAAUGGAACAGUGGUGACUGAAUUCAUCCUCCUUGGUCUGACUCAGUCUCAAGAGAUUCAGCUUUUGGUCUUUGUACUGAUCUUAAUUUUCUACCUCAUCAUCCUCCCUGGAAACUUCCUCAUCAUCUUCACCAUCAGGUCAGACCCUGGGCUCUCAGCCCCCCUCUACUUCUUCCUGGGCAACUUGGCCUUCCUGGAUGCCUCCUACUCCUUCAUUGUGGCUCCCAGGAUGCUGGUGGACUUCCUCUCUGAGAAGAAGGUGAUCUCCUACAGAGGCUGCAUCACCCAGCUCUUCUUCUUGCACUUCCUUGGAGGUGGAGAGGGGCUGCUCCUGGUUGUCAUGGCCUUUGACCGCUACAUUGCCAUCUGCCGGCCUUUGCACUACUCAACAGUCAUGAGCCCUAGAGCCUGCUAUGUGAUGCUGCUGGCUCUGUGGCUGGGAGGCUUUAUCCACUCCAUUAUCCAGGUGGCCCUCAUCCUCCGCCUGCCUUUCUGUGGCCCAAAUCAGCUGGAUAACUUCUUCUGUGAUGUGCCACAGGUCAUCAAGCUGGCCUGCACUGACACCUUUGUGGUGGAGCUCCUGAUGGUCUUCAACAGUGGCCUAAUGACCCUGUUGUGCUUCCUGGGCCUUCUGGCCUCCUAUGCCGUCAUCCUCUGCAGAGUACAUGGGUCUUCCUCUGAGGGGAAGAGCAAGGCCAUGUCCACGUGCACCACUCAUGUCAUUAUUAUACUUCUUAUGUUUGGGCCUGCAAUCUUCAUCUACACUCGGCCGUUCAGAGCCUUACCUGCGGACAAAGUGGUUUCUUUCUUCCACACAGUCAUCUUUCCAGUGAUGAAUCCCAUGAUUUAUACCCUUCGAAACCAGGAAGUAAAAAUUUCCAUGAAAAAAUUAUUGAUUCGACAUGUAAUUUGUUAA